AUGGCCGAUCAACCUAGCAUCACAUCUAUCCUGGCUGCUUUGGCAGCGCAGCGUCCCAAUGCGACCCCUCCGCAGAAUCAGCAGCCUGCAUACCAGCCUCCUCAACAGCCAAAUCCCUAUGCACAAACCGGCGGCUACUCCCUACCUCAACCUACAAACUCGGGCAGUGUCGAUCUCAGCGGUAUCAAGCCUGUAAGCUCCGGAACUGUUAGUAUUCAAGAUGCCAUCGCGAAGGCGAAGGUGAUUGCUGCUGAAAAGGGCGUUGCCUACGACAGAGCUCCAUCUUAUGUUGGACAACCCCCCAUGCCUUCUGGAAGACCAUACAGCCCAAGAUCUAGAUCCAGGUCACCUCAACCAACACGUCGCGAUGCCUUUCGCGAUAAUUUCAACCCAUAUCGCGAUGAACGCCGAGGCCCACCAGGAAGAGAUUAUCGCGAACGUUCAUUCUCUCCCGGAGUACGAGGCAGAGGCCCAUCCGAUGCUUUCCCACCGCCACAUGGAGGUGCAGGCGGAUAUGCUCGUGAACGUUCCCCAAUACGCGGCGCAGAAGACAACGUUGAAUCGAUCUCAAUCGAGUCGAAUCUUGUGGGGUUGAUCAUUGGUAGACAGGGCGAGAAUUUGAGAAGAGUAGAAUCAGAAACUGGUUGCAGAGUACAAUUCAUUACUGGCCCUGAUGAAACUGGUCCUUUCAGAACCUGCAAAAUCACUGGUCCUCGUGCUCGCAGAGCAGAUGCCAAGGCUGAAAUUACUCGCAUUAUUGACGACAGUGGUUUGGGCCCACUCUCAGAUCGAGCUCCAAGAGAACAGAAUGCCACCCGAGAUUCAUCUCAUCAACCUGCAUUGAGAGACGGCGAGGAUAGCAUGCAAAUCAUGGUUCCAGAUAGAACAGUUGGUCUUAUUAUCGGCCGCGGUGGAGAGACUAUCAGAGAUCUUCAAGAGCGAAGCGGCUGCCAUGUCAACAUUGUUGGAGAGCAGAAGAGCGUCAACGGACUUCGACCAGUCAAUCUCAUCGGUACUCGAGAGGCCGCUGCCAUGGCUAAAGAUUUGAUUAUGGAGAUUGUCGAGAGUGAUAGUAAGAGCGCACCAAAGGAGCGUGCACCCGCCCCAAGAGAGAACAACCGUGAUGCUGGCUAUGGUGGUGGUUAUGCUAGUGGUGGUGCUAGCGGUGGUGGUCAAGGAGAUAAGAUCAAUGAUUCAAUCUUCGUACCUUCCGAGGCUGUAGGCAUGAUUAUCGGCAAAGGCGGUGAAACGAUCAAAGACAUGCAGAACACGACUGGUUGCAAGAUCAAUGUAACCCAGUCUUCGGGCCCAGGUGAGGUUGAACGUGAAAUUGGGCUUGUAGGUUCCCAGCAAGCUAUAGCAGCUGCCAAGCGAGCCAUUGAAGAUAAGGUUGAUGCUGUGCAACAGAAAAACAAUGGUGGUGGUGGCGGCGGUCAUCGUAAUAACCGUGGACAACAAAAUCAACAAAAUGAAUAUGGAGACCGCGGCUAUUCCCAGCAAUCAUAUGCCCAGCCGCAAGGACAACCAGGACAACAAGCUCCCCCAAGUGGCGCCGACGACCCAUAUGCAGCUUAUGGUGGAUACGCCAACUAUGCACAGCUUUGGUAUCAGGCAUUGGCCGCGCAAGGUCAAGGUGACACGACCAAGCCGCCAGGAACUUCGUAA